AUGUCCGAAAAAUCUUGGCAUAUAGAAGUUUUGUAUCCGAUAUUCAGAGUUCUGGUUUCAGGUCUGAAAUACCUAAAAUUUAAAAUGGAUGAAUCUUUUACGGAGUCGAGCCGAGAAGCUAGUAGAGAAUUAUCUUCACCAUCAAAUCUCACAACUAUUUCAUCAUCAUCAUGUUCGAACAGUGAUAAUUAUAUUAGUGAAAGUGAGUUUGUAUUCGUCAAUUUGAAUGCUGAACAUUUUUCAGAAACCGGUAAUACAACAAAUGGAAUACGUCCUGAUGGACAACUAAUAUGUGAAAGCAUACUCUCUCGAUUCAAGAUGGAAGUAGGAUCACUUGAAUCAAGUAAACCUGCGAGUUCAUCUUUUAAUAAGAAAGAAUGUGAUGAAAUAAAGCUUAAGUUAGCAAUGUUAAUGUCUGGAGCCUAUAUUCGUCAUAAUUUUAAUCCUUCAUAUAUGUCGCUAUCUGUUCAAAAGUUACUUGAGGGGAUCGAAUAUGUGACUCUGCAAGUUCAUAAUGAGAGGUUAAUUGCACAUAUAUAUGAUUUCACUUACAGUCCAAUUAAAAUAAGACAAGCGUUGAUCGAUGUCAGUAUUCCGAAAUUGCGAAAAUGUUUAGAGAAUAUUGAUGCUAAUUUUGGGUUGCUGGCCAGUCGGUUUGAUGAUGGAGCUCCACCCGAACCAUUAAUCAACAAAAAAAAGGUUUAUCAAAAAUUUAUUCAUCUAAAAUUAUCAGAACUUUUGGCAAAGUG